CUUUAAUGAUUGGGCAAGAACGCUUCAUUGUGACUGCCUGGAGUUCUGAUCAAACUCAAUGAAAUGAUUCAUCCGUGUUCACUUUUCUCCUAGUUUUUGGUGGCGCACCUGUUUGCAAACACGGUUUUGGGAACUAUAAUAACUUAAAAUCAGGGAUUUGCAUGGCGGCGGUUACCAUAAUAAUGCAAAAUGAUCCACUGCACGCGUUCAUUGAGGACCGGACCCCAAACUCCACGCCAGAAAGUCCCCCCCUGACGCUGCUGGAAAACACCUGCAAUCGCAUCGGCCAUUACUUUAUUUCCAGACCCGUGCGUCACCUCCAGCAAACUACAUACCCACGCACACUGGAUUUUUUCAUCAACAGGGAAAGUUGGCAACCGAGGAUAUCCACUGGUGGACUUUAGGAGACACCAGCCCUAUCAGUCAUUCAUCUACAGUCACCUCGCAUCACUUUCCAAUCCACCGCGGGUGGGUUCUGGGUCACCCUGAAAUUUCACAGUACCAGUCUCAAAUCGGCACUCUCGUGCAUUCCAAAUCAUCUCUAAUUGGUGCGCGCAGAUGCCGGAGAUGCAGGUGUCCCAACUGCCAAAAGACAACUGAGGAACCGGGGAGGAGAAAACAACACGUGUGCCACAUACCGGGCUGCGGGAAGGUGUACGGCAAGACGACGGUGGCACGCAGGUGAGCGGCCCUUCAUCUGCAGCUGGAUGUUAUGUGGUAAAAACUUCACGCGCUCUGACGCGCUCCAGAGACACAUGCGCACGCACACCGGAGAAAAGCGCUUCACCUGUACGGACUGCACGAAGCGAUUCAUGCGCAGUGACCAUCUGGCCAAACACUGAAACACUUGAUAAAGAAGAACGGACCGCCGUUUCCAAUGCUGGAUCACGUUACGCGUAAUGCUGGGAGGAAUAUUUAACUCUAAAGAUUUUUCAAAGUUAUUUUUUAGGAGCACCUGGGAAAGUAUACUGUGUGAUAAAACUGAAGAACUUGUUAUUUUCCCCAUAAAAUGUAUGGGAGUAUUAAAAUACAAUACAAGACAUUUGCUCAGAUUUUGCCCAGAUUUUCAAUCUGGACUUGUUGCAGAAAUUCGGUUCCAGUCUACAGAUUUUAGUGUUUUUCUUUCUGAAACUUUCAAAACUUCUGUAAGUGUAUGAUGUCUAGUUUAAAAAAAUCUGCCUUGUAGUAUAUUCCAGCCAUUACGUGCGCCAGGUAUUUAAAUGUAGUUGAUUUUUAUUAUAUUAUUGAAAAAUGUUGUUUAGCACAUUAUAACUUCACAAUUUUGACCAAAGAACUAAAAUGAUUUAUAAUGAUAAAUUAAGCAAAAUUAUUUUUCAUUUGUUAUUGUGCCACUGUAAAAAGUUUCUUAAAGCUACGUGUGAAAGAGUAAUAAAACGACUGUAGUACGAAUGGUAUUUUUCUAAAACGGCGUUUUUAAUGACAAAUUGUUCCUUAAUUGUAGGACAGGGGUAGGUUAGGUCUUUAAUUAGGACGGGAAUUUACGCAAUGCGUUGGUUCCGGAUGGAGCAUGUUGCACUCGAAAUAUUUGAAGGUGAGAACCUAGUUGCUAUGGAAACAGUACACACUUGUUCGGUCACCGCAGCCAGAAAGUCGAAAAAACUUCAAAACAUCUUAUAAUUUUGAUAUUAACAUUUAGUGACCGCAUAUAUAUCUCAGUGAAGUUCGCCAAUAUAGAUCGUCGAUUUUACAUAUUUAUGACUAACUCGUUUUUCUUGCAAAAAAUGAAAAGAUUACAGUGUAUUGGAAAGCUUUCAGAGGUGUCUUCAAAGGACACUGAAAAGGAAACUGCACCCAUAAAGCCAGAAUGUGCCACCCCAGCAGAUCCUUUGCCCAAAAAAUCUGUGGAAUGGAAACCAAAUAGGCAACAGAAACCAAAACCCAGUGGAAUGACAGAGGUACAAGAUCCUACUACAAACUCUGUCACAACAAAUCCCACAACGUUUGGAGCACAAAAUACUAAGAGGCAACAGAAACCAAAAUCCCGAAAAACAGAGAGACAAGUUUCUUCUACGAACGCUGGCACAGGAAAUCAAGCGCUAACAACACUGCAAAAUACUGCGAGCGGAGGGCAUAAUGCCCCUAAAGCUCCGUCCUUCAAAAAUGUAACCACGCAUGGACAUAAAGUGCCUAAACAGGUUGUGCGUGUUAUGACAGAACAACAAGCAACACCUGAAGUGCAUUUAGGCUGUAGACAUGAGCUACAAACCCUGUCAGAAAGUGACCCGAAUCCUCCUGUGGAACAGCGUGAGGAAGAAGAAAGUGAAGAAAAUGAGACAGCCGAAGGUCACGUGCCGCUAGAAUUAUUUGCAGAGUUCCUGGAUGCGGUUAUGACAAAGAAUUACCAACUUGCGAAGAAACUUUGUCAGAUGAUCUUAAUAUAUGACCCCCAAAACUCGGAGGCAAAGAGCUUUUUGCCACUCAUUGAAGAAAAAUUACUGAUAGAAACAGAGGAAAGUUCAGACAAUGAUAAUGAUGAGUCUGCUGAAUCUGACACAUCUGAUGAGGAGGAGGAAGAAGAUAGCAGUGAUGAUGAAGACACAGACGAUAAUGAAUCUUCAGAUACCUGUGACACAGAUGAAGAGUCCACUGACAGCACAGAUGAUACAUCCUCAUCAUCAUAAAGGGAGGAAGACAUUAAACAAUGUCAAGUGCCUUUCUCAUCAGUGUUGUGCUAUUGUUUUUGAUAUCAUAUGAACAUGUCUUAUUUAUUUUGCAUAUUUAAUUUGCAUAGUGUUUGGAAGCUAUUAUAAACAUUUACAUUAAUGCAUUUGGCAGACACUUUUCUCCAAAGCGACUUACAUAGCAUUAACCUAUAGAUUUGUUUCUAAGCAUGUGCAAUACCCGGGACUCGAUCCCACGACCUUGCGUUAUUAACACAAUGCUCUCACCACUGAGCUACAGGAAAGCAUUAUGUCGAGAAACGAUCGAAAUCUGCAUUUUGGCUGGAACCAUGCCCGUCUCCUUUUGUAAUUCACCCUUGUCGGAAGUGCUCCAGACAUGUAACACAGGGUGACCCAUGAGUACCGACUCGUGGUCCUUUCGCGAUCCUGCCCCUAUGUACAAGUUUGUGGCUAUUCAAAAAACACAAGACAGAAUAGCGCCAUCUGGGGGGCAAGC